AUGGACAUCAAUGUCUCCCUCGCAUGGAAUCUGAAAAUCACCUUCCCCUUUGGCUUGCUGAUCGGAUUGGUGUUAGUAACCACCGCGCAACUAUUCCGGCUACUUGGUGCCAAUCAACUUCAUCGUAUACUACGAGGUCACGGGUUGUUGCGAUCGCGAUCAAUCGAUGACGAUGACGGUUUUGGUGUUAAUUACCUGCAUGGAACGAACCGCCAUCCACUACCAAUACAUCAGAGACCAAAUUUAUACCCGAAGCCUCCAAGUCAGGCAGGGAGGGAGUUGAUGGCCUCUGGGGAUUAUGGCAAUAAUACAUACUACGCCGACAAGUUGAGAAGUCGAAAGAAGGAGCUGUCGGCAAAACUGAUGUAUAGAGAACUGGGGGCAGGGCCGCGGGGUGCUGAAAGCCGAUAUUCCCGCGCAAUAUCGCAGGACCUCCUUCCUGGUACCCCCGUUGAUACCAUUAUACAUUACGAUCUGCCAUGUUACUCCGGCCAGUUCUCCGACGAUGGGAACUUUUUCUUUACAUCCUGCCAAGACUUCAAGGUUCGGAUGUAUGAUACCUCCAAUCCAUAUAUCUGGCGCCAUUACAAAACUGUCACGUAUCCGCAUGGUCAAUGGACUAUAACAGAUGCCACCCUAAGUCCAGACAAUAGAUUCUUAGCAUACAGCUCCAUAAGACAUGUGGUAUGCUUGGCUGGAACUGACCCAUCAUCUGACACUAAUCCAAUACUCCUGGAUCUCGAUAACGGGCGACGGCAUGGGCCCCUCACCUCUCGUUUUGGGAUAUGGUCCGUUCGUUUCUCAGGAGACGGCCGAGAACUGGUAGCUGGAACUUCCAGUAGCGCGGUCGUUGUUUAUGACAUAGAGACCCGCAAGAAUAUCCUUCAACUACAGAGGCACACCGAUGAUGUCAAUGCCGUUUGUUACGGUGAUAGCAUGUCACCCCACAUCCUCUAUUCCGGGUCUGAUGAUACGAAUAUUCGUGUAUGGGACCGUCGGUCAAUGGCGGAUGGCCGAGCAGCCGGAGUCUUCAUCGGUCACACAGAAGGUGUAACGUUUGUGGACAGCAAAGGAGAUGGCCGCUAUGUGUUAUCUAACUCCAAAGACCAGACGAUGAAGCUUUGGGACUUACGGAAAAUGGCAACAGACCGCAAUUCCAUAGAAAACCGUCGCAAUAUAUACUCAACUGGAUUCGACUAUCGGUUCAGCCCAUUCCGGAAAGAUGAAUAUACCCCCCAUCCAGAUGAUUGUUCUGUCGUUACCUUCCACGGGCAUGGAGUGCUUAGGACGUUGAUUCGCUGUCACUUCUCACCAGCUGGAAGCACGAAUUCAAGAUACGUAUAUACAGGGAGUCAGGAUGGAAAGGUCUAUAUAUACAACCUUGACGCUACCUUAGCUAAGGUGAUUGACGUUAGAGCAGCCACGCGUCACACCUGGGACGGCAAAGAGGGUACGCGCAUUGGAACAGAUCAACCCGUGAAGGCUUGUGUCAGGGAUGCUAGCUGGCACCCUGAUGCUCCUAUCAUAGCAGCUACGUCGUGGAAUGGUUGGGGUAGGGAAGAAGGAACGUGUAGUGUUCACUCAUGGGGCUUGUCAGAGGGCAACGGCACACAUUUAGACUCCGAACUUCAACGACCGGACACACCUUCAGAUGGCGGCUAUGAAGACAUGAUAGAGGAAGAUUUAAGAAUUGCGGAAGAAAUAAGAAUGGCGGAAGAAUAA